AGACAGAGAGAGAGAGAGAGAGAGAGAGGAAUGAAGCAGUGCGCGUUGGACUCUGGAUAUCCGGGAUCUGUCCGUCUGUCCUGAAUAUUUGGGAUUUAAGGAUUCUUCGCCAGUGCAACGCCACAGACAUUUCUUUUCCUGGGUGAGAAAAGCACUGAGAUGGAAAGCGGGAAACAGAAGCAAGCAGGUGCUUUUCGGUAUCACCGAUGCUGUUUGCGUCGUGCCUUCGCGUUUGAGUGCCGCUCAUAGCGGUGGAGUUUAGCUUUAGCUGUUGGCUCGUGGGGGGAAACAGUGAAAUCCAUUAACAGGAAAAACAGCGAUUAGCAAUCAAUUGACUCAGCAAGGUGACCAGGGUUGAGCGUCUAUCAGUUGUCCAAAUAAUAUUUUUAAUAUACUCUUGGUACUUUGACGGCAGAGGUGGGUGCAGCGGAGCCUUUCUGAUUAUAAAGCGGUUAACGAUAAUUGAUGAUUUAAAAAAAACAAGAACGGCACGAGCCGUUGGUAUGUGUUACUGUUGCCAGGGUGUCAGCGUCCCUGCAGCACGUGAAGGAGCCGCGCUGUGCAAAGAAGCCUCGCCGCCGCUGCGUGCUUGUAUGUGCUGAGUGCAUGUUUGUUUUGUGUCAGGAUAUGCGUGCAAGCUCAGCGCGUGUUUGCGGCUGGCAGGCGUAGACUUUGGCGCCGGAGCGCUAGAGCCGCCAGCCAGUGCGCAUUUGGUACGCGACGGGAGAUCGGCUAGGUGCGAGGAGAACAGUGUUAAAGCCACUCGUGUCACCGGUGCAGCGCGCGCGGGGGAAGUCAGUCUGGGCGACCGCGACGGGAGAGUCCAGAUGAGUCAGAAGAUUUUGUAGUGUCGGCCGGCAGCGUGCCAGCCAGUCAUUCCGUCAGUUAGUCAGCUGUCAUUUUCUCAGUCAGCUUUAGCUGACAGGCCGGACGGUUAUCCCCGUGUUUGCUCAGGGGCUCUCUUCAACAACAAGAGUGUGGAUUUUUUUUCCACUUGUGAAGUCAGUGUGGUUGUUUCAGCAUAGUUACCACAAAAGGGGUUAAUGCCUGUGUAAGCAAGCACAGUCAAGGCACUAUAACUCUGCCAGUCAGGGGUGCAAGGGUUCCCAGUCUGUAAGGCGGUCUCGGGUUGCCGCCUGGUUCGGAAGCUCCGCUUCGUGGGUUCUCAGUGCUUCCUGCGGCUGUUGUCCCUCGGCGAGAGUGGGCAUGUGAGGCCAAAGCUCGUAGCGCCCCGGCACAGGCGCUUUGGACCCGUGCUGUCGCAAAACAAAGUAGCAUUCCUAGUUUAGAGGCGGCCCACAGUGUGCCACUUUGGACUCUGCACCUGGCAACAACAUCGGCGUGCACUAGCGGAGCAUAGCCCAGGCCCCGUUGUGGCACCACCCCCUUUUGGGCACAAUCACCAGUGCCUGGCUAGGAGGGGUGGGAGACCUGGGGGGAACUAGAGUGGAGAAAGAGGGGGUGGUAGUGCCAAGCUGUCCCAUUAACCAGGGGUGCUGAGAGAGACAGUGAGUGCUGAAGAUGCAGGUGUCCAUCGCCUGCACGGAGCACAACCUGAAGAGCCGCAGCAGUGAGGACCGGCUCUGCGGCCUCCGCACCGCCCCGCCCGGGGGGGGCUGUCCGGGUGGAGGCGGGGGAGGAGUCGGGGGCGGGGGUGGAGGGGGCGGCGGGGGUCUAGGAGGUGGCGGAGGUGGUGGAGGAGGAGGAGGAGGCCAAGGGGGAAAUGGGCACCACACUUCCCAGGGGCAGACAAAGUCCAGAGUGUUGGUGGCCACACGGACCACCCCCCAUGGACACGCCCACAUGAAGGAGGCCAUCGGCCGGCACAGCAGCAUGAAGUACAGGAACCUGGGGAAGUCGGGCCUAAGGGUUUCAUGCCUGGGGCUGGGAACCUGGGUGACCUUUGGAUCACAAAUCUCAGAUGAGAUGGCUGAGAACCUGAUGACCAUCGCGUAUGAAAACGGCGUGAACCUGUUUGACACGGCGGAGGUGUACGCUUCAGGGAGGGCCGAAAUCACCCUGGGAAACAUCAUUAAGAAGAAAGGAUGGAGACGAUCCAGUUUUGUGGUGACCACUAAGAUCUAUUGGGGAGGCCAGGCGGAAACAGAGAGGGGCCUGUCCAGGAAACACAUCAUUGAAGGCCUCAGGGGCUCCCUGUCCCGGCUGCAGCUGGAGUACGUGGACAUCGUAUUCGCCAACCGGACGGACGUCAACAGCCCCAUGGAAGAGGUGGUGCGGGCCAUGACCUUUGUCAUCAACCAGGGAAUGGCCAUGUACUGGGGAACCUCCCGCUGGAGCGCCAUGGAGAUCAUGGAGGCGUACUCUGUGGCACGGCAGUUCAACCUGAUCCCCCCGGUGUGUGAGCAGGCGGAGUACCACUACUUCCAGAGAGACAAGGUGGAGGUCCAGCUGCCAGAGCUCUACCACAAGAUCGGUGUUGGUGCAAUGACCUGGUCACCCCUGGCCUGUGGGCUGAUCACUGGGAAGUACAACGAUGGGGUUCCAGAUUGUUCACGUGCCGCCAUGAAGGGUUACCAGUGGCUGAAGGAACGUGUUAACAGCGAGGAGGGCCGCAGACAGCUGGCCAAAAUAAAAGAGCUCCACCUGCUGGCCGACCGGCUGGGCUGCACAGCUGCACAGCUGGCCAUCGCCUGGUGUCUGCGCAGUGAGGGGGUGAGCUCGGUGCUCUUGGGUGUCUCCAACACCGACCAGCUCCUGGAGAACCUGGGCUCCAUACGGGUGCUGUCUCAGCUAACGCCGCAGACUGUGAGUGAGAUGGACUCCCUCCUGGGGAACAAGCCGCACUCCAAGAAGGAGUUGCGCGCGUGAGGAGGGAGGAGGCCACAGCCAGAAGGACAGAAGAUAGAGAGAGUAACAUUCUGAUGCCACCUCCUGUUUUAGCCAACCCGCAUGGUUUUUUUUUCCCCAACAUUGCGCUUGCAGUAUCCUGCUGCACAUUUACUUGUAUCCCAUACGUUUAAAAACUAAAAUCAAUGGAUGUUUCAGCUGAAGCAUUGAAAAUAGAGACAUCAAAGACAAUGAAACAGAAACUGGCAAAUGCUGUCCUGUGACACAAGAAGUGCGAAGGGAGAAAAGCAGAACGAUGUGGCCCUGUUUUUCCUGCACAGAGACUGGCCAUGGGAGCGAGGUGUGUGGGGGGGGUGGGUUGUGGUGGGGGUACAGGGCAGCAGCUUCCACCUAGCCCACAUCACCCCCCCCCCACUAAAAAAAGCUUUCUCAGAACCAAAACAGAACCUCAGAACCUCUUUCUCAGCGUGCACAUGCACGCGCAUGUCCCUUUAAGAACAUCAGG